AAAUGAAAGAAGCAUCUGAAAAACUUGGAUUAAAAGUUGAAUUUAUUCCUGAAAUAAAUAAAUAUAAAGUUUUACAAUCAAAAAAAAUGAUUGAAGAAAUGUUAAAACACUUUAAGCAAUAUACUUAA